AUGCCCUACCCACACGACAGCCCUCCCGUCUCUUACAUCCCACCCUCACCAUCCUCUUCUCGUCGCCGCCCAUCCAUCUCGAAUCCAAUGGGCUGGCUCAGUCGAUCUUCAACGCAAUCCUCCGUUACUUCCAUAAAGACGACAAGAAUAUCAGAGCCCAAACUGAUUCUCCAUGACCUGAUGUCUCCGAGGGCGGGUAUGCUUGGCUCCGGUGCCACCGUUGUUGGUACCCCAGAAGAAGCCUUGCGCGAUACCAAAGCCAAUUUCGAAUCGGCCGAAGAGACUGCCCAGGGCCAAGAGAUUGAAUACACCCCUGCUUAUGCGGCAGAAUCGUCGUCAGAAGAUGAAGACGAGAUUCCCUCUCCAAUUGACAGCCCUCCGUUGCCACCUAUUCCAGCGGAGACGAAACAAGAUGCUGUUGAGCCAACAACUCCCCACCCAUUCACAUUCCCUCCGCGUUCAGGACGCGUCCCGCCAUCUUCUACGCCAAGACCCACUCUAAGGCCAGCACGGGAUAGUGUAGAAUCAGUGCCAGCCAUUCCUUCCACCACUAUCCCGAUUCCGGUCGUCGUGCCUUUCAAAGCCAUCCUCAUUUCCGAUGCUCCAGCUCCAACAGUCGACCGCACAAAAGUCAUUGUUUCGCUCGAAACGUGUACUGCAACCUAUCGAACCACCAUCGAUACGCUUACAAGUCGGCCUUCGCAUCUGGCCACUUACAUCCAGUCUUACUUCGCGCGCCCGCGCUUUGAUUCUACUGCCUCUUCUGUCUACUCUACCGCCAGUGCAGAGGAUCUGUCGGUCUAUCGCCGUCACCUUGUGUCUCAAGGCCACAUGUCGCAAGCUUCAACUUCACUGAACAUAUUCCUUGAUCGGCCUAGCGAACCCUACCCUCAUAUCCUAAAUUAUCUUCGUACGCCAGAACCGACUGAGGGCCCAGAAGUCCUCCCCCCACGCGCCGCCCAAGUUGGCCUUGACGCCCUUCUGGAACUCCGAGACGAAGCUGCCUACCUUGGUCUGGACAAUUUGCAGAGGCUUUGUGCUGAGGAAAUCAACCUGCGACGUCGGAUCCGGCCACGGACUCCACGGACCCACAGCUCAGAGAGAUCAAUUCCCAGCAUGCAUGGAUCAGUCAGCAGCCUCCACACCCUUCUCGAAAAAAGCGAGCCAGAGACACCUCAACACGUUCGGUCUCUCAGCAAAGACAGCGGUGUUGAUGAGAUGGGGCAGCAUGCAACCCCAACUCCCGAUUUGAUAGCUGGCCGCCGAGUUCGUAGUCAGCCACGGUAUAAUUCUUUACGACCUCCUCCCGCUGGCUGGAUAUGA